AUAAAUAAUUACCCUCUUCGUUAUUCCUAAUUACAUUCCCUAUCUAAGACCUAAAACUAAACAGAAAAAAAUGAAGCUAAAACCUCAGCGUCUACCAGUUCAAUGAAUGAUUUCAUUCCUCCAAACCUGCUUUCUCACGGCGGCGCGUGUCUUUCAAACACUCUGAUUUUUAUCAACUUUUCAAAAACUCAGUUUCUUCAUCACCAAUAACAUUUGCAUUAUACCGGAAGUUUUCCAAGCUCUCUCGUUCUUCUUAACUAUGAGCAAAACCCUAAUUGCACAAUUCGUUUAAUUAUUCAACUUUUCAGUGCAUUACAGAGGUAACCUAAGUGUUAAAAGUAUGAGUAAAAGCGAAAAAAGAAAAUUAAACGGAGAAGCAGAAGACGGCGACGAGGAUGAUGAAGAUAUAGAGGGAGAUGGCGGCGGUGCUUGGGAGAGAGCUUACACUGAUGAGAGAUCAUGGGAAGCUUUACAAGAAGACGAAUCGGGUCUUCUUCGCCCUAUUGAUAAUAAAGCUAUUCAUCAUGCUCAGUAUCGCCGUCGCCUUCGUACGCUUUCUACCUCUGCUCGUAUCCAGAAAGGCCUCAUUCGAUUUCUCUACAUUGUUGUUGAUCUCUCUAGGGCAGCUGGAGAGAUGGAUCUUAAACCAAGCAGAAUGGUUGUGAUCGCAAGGCUUGUUGAAGCUUUUAUAAGAGAGUUUUUUGAUCAGAAUCCACUUAGUCAAAUUGGUUUAGUGACUAUCAAAGAUGGGGUUGCCCAUUCCUUAACUGACCUUGGUGGUAGUCCGGAGACUCAUAUUAAGGCUUUGACGGGCAAAUUGGAAUGUUCAGGUGAUUCCUCGUUACAAAAUGCACUAGACCUUGUCCGUGGAUAUCUUGACGAGAUACCAUCAUAUGGUCAUCGCGAAGUUCUGAUUUUGUAUUCUGCUCUCAGUACCUGUGAUCCAGGAGAUAUUAUGGAUACCAUUCAGAAAUGUAAGAAAUCAAAAAUAAGGUGCUCCGUCAUUGGGCUUUCUGCUGAAAUGUUUAUAUGCAAACAUCUCUGUCAAGAAACUGGUGGGCUGUACUUUGUGUCAAUGGAUGAGACUCACCUUAAAGAGCUACUGCUAGAGCAUGCGCCACCGCCACCAGCAAUAGCGGAAUUUGCAACUGCCAACUUGAUUAAGAUGGGUUUCCCACAAAGGACAGCGGAAGGUUCUAUUUCGAUAUGUUCUUGUCAUAAAGAAGCUAAAGUUGGCGAGGGAUAUAUAUGCCCUAGAUGCAAGGCACGUAUAUGUGACCUCCCUACUGAAUGCCGUAUUUGUGGGUUGACACUUGUUUCUUCUCCACAUUUGGCGAGGUCAUAUCAUCAUCUCUUUCCCAUUACCCCAUUUGAUGAGGUCCCUGCGCGUCGAAGUGAACUACAGCAGAAACCGCAGAAAACUUGUUUUGGCUGCCAACAGAGCCUCCUAGAUCCUGGAAACAAACCUGGCCUUUCUGUUACUUGCCCAAAAUGCAAGCAGUACUUCUGUCUUGACUGUGACAUUUACAUUCAUGAAAGCUUGCAUAAUUGUCCUGGCUGUGAGAGUUUCAGGCAUUCAUAGACAGUCACCUCCGAUAAAGAAAAGACGAAACUGCUGCCACUGAUUUAUAUUUAUUCUUUUCCUGUCGCUACAAGUUGCGAGCAGGUUCAGGCGUUCAUGUGGACAGUAUAGCGUAUUAUAAAAUGGAUUGCAAUUUUGAGUUGUGCGAUCUAAUUCGGACAAGUAGAUGAGUCUUCAAUAGGCUUUUUUAAUUUAAUUUGAUGAUCUUUCACCAUUUUGUUUUUCUCACAUAUAGGAGAAAUUUUUAGAUAGACUCAGUCCACCACGUCAUCCGUAGACUAACUCUAUCACAUAAUGACACGUCAUUAAAAUGAUGGCAAUCUUGUAAUAUUACUAUUCAAAAGUGUAAAUAAGUAAUAAACGAAUUUACAAGAUUGUCAUCAUUUUAAUGACGUGUCAUUAUAUGAUAGGCUUCACGGAUGAUGUGGUGGACUGAGUUUAUCUAAGAAGCUCUCCACAUAUAGAUGUGCAAUAUAUGGUAAGGAUGGAGCUUCUGAAUGUACGUUCCUUUUCAAUUGAACUUUGAAGUAUUAGCCUUUCAAGAAAAGGCUGAAAAAUGGAACAUGCACGACUAUCAAGCUUACUAUAAACAUAAACAUUGAAGAGUAUAAGUUGGGCACCAGUCUCUGUACUCGUGUAGUUUUUAUAUUGAAUUACUACAUUUUUAUCUGUUAAUAAACUUAAUAUUAAAUUCCUACA